AUGGCCCCGACUGACGCCAGCCAGGGCCAGAGCACGUCGAUGAGUCAGCAAAAUGCCAACAGCAACGCGCAGAAUCGAUUCUCGGAACGGAUCGUUAGGAACGUGCAGUUCCCGAUUUCGGACCGGCUGACAAUUGAGCAGGUGUUCGACCGGCGGACGACUAAACCACGGCCAGAGGUUUUGAAGGAGCACUUUAUCAAGGAAGGGCGGAUAGAUGAGGAGACGGCCAUCCGAAUCAUCCAGGACUGCACGGCGCUGUUCAAGCAGGAGAAGACCAUGCUUGACGUCGAGGCCCCGGUCACAGUUUGUGGAGAUAUUCAUGGGCAGUUCUUCGACCUGAUGAAGUUGUUCGAUGUCGGCGGCUCCCCAGCAACAACCAAAUAUUUAUUCCUGGGUGACUACGUUGACCGUGGCUACUUCUCCAUCGAAUGCGUGCUGUACCUGUGGGCGCUGAAGGUGUGCUACCCGGCGACGCUGUUCCUGCUGCGGGGCAACCACGAGUGCCGGCAUUUGACCGAGUAUUUCACCUUCAAGCAGGAGUGCAAGAUCAAGUACUCGGAACGGGUGUACGACGAGUGCAUGACCUCGUUCGACGCGUUGCCCCUAGCGGCGUUGAUGAACCAGCAGUUCCUGUGCGUCCACGGAGGGCUGUCGCCCGAGAUCCAUACCCUGGACGAUAUUCGACGGUUGGACCGCUUCAAGGAGCCGCCGGCGUUCGGGCCAAUGUGCGACCUGUUGUGGUCGGACCCGCUGGAGGACUUUGGGAACGAGCGCAACGCCGAGCAGUUCAGCCACAACUCGGUCCGCGGAUGCUCAUACUUCUAUAGUUACGCGGCCUGCUGCGACUUCCUGCAGCAGAACAACCUUCUGUCAAUUAUUCGCGCCCACGAGGCGCAAGAUGCCGGGUACCGCAUGUACCGCAAAUCUCAAGCCACGGGAUUCCCUUCACUCAUUACGAUAUUUAGCGCCCCCAAUUACCUUGAUGUAUAUAACAAUAAAGCUGCCAUCCUGAAAUACGAGAACAACGUGAUGAACAUUCGCCAGUUCAACUGCUCCCCCCACCCCUACUGGCUGCCCAACUUCAUGGACGUGUUCACGUGGUCGUUGCCGUUUGUCGGCGAGAAAGUAACGGAGAUGCUGGUGCACAUCCUGAACAUUUGCUCUGACGACGAGCUGAUGCAGGAGGCCGACGACACCUUCGAAGGCGGCGUCCCGUCAGCCCGCAAGGAGGUCAUCCGCACCAAGAUUCGGGCAAUCGGCAAAAUGGCACGAGCAUUCUCCGUGUUGAGGGAGGAGUCGGAGACGGUGCUCCAGCUGAAGGGCCUCACCCCAACCGGCACACUUCCACACGGCACCCUCGUCGAAGGAAAGCGUGGACUCCAAGAGGCCCUUUCCGGCUUCACCCCCGGCCACCGGAUACAAUCGUUCGACGAGGCGAAACGUUUGGACAAGAUCAACGAGCGAAUGCCACCAACGAUGGGCCAGCCGUCACCGGGAAGUUCACCCGGUGGCUCCCCGUUGCCCCGGCGUACACCGUCCGAUGCCGCCGCCGAUGGCCGCCCACAGCGC